ACGAGUCGCUCACCGGCGGCGAGUCAUUGCUAUAAAAAGCUCCUACUGCAGUUCCUGAUAGAAGAGCUGCUUAUUCCCCGGGUUAUAGAGGCGAGAAAAAGCUGUAAAAACAAUCGGAGAUACGUGUAUAAUUGUGCUCCAGGUGACGGUGUCAUUCAGGUUUUCAGAGCCGCCCGCAGAGCUGCACUGGCACUCCGUUAACUGUUCGAACUCCACCAUGAUGCAGAUCAGCUCGGACUCCUGCUUUAAUAAGCACUCCCUGCUUAACGUGAUGAACCGCUUCCUCGCGGCGACCAACAACAUGGACGAGACCAUCAUGGUACCCAGUUUGCUGCGAGACGUGCCUCUGGAGGAGCAGGAAGGGGACACCUCGAUGGACAGCAAAGGUGUGCUGUCCUUCCCGAGCAAGCAGAGGGACAUGUAUGAGCACUACUUGUUGCUCAAGUCCAUUAAGAAUGAGAUGGAGUGGGGUUUGCUGAAACGCGACAUGGGUGGCAGUGCCAGCUUCCUGGAGAUGGCGGUGAAGCAGGAGGAACAGCAGGUGCCAGGCGGACCAGCAGAAGACGGCGCAGAUUUAGAAAGCCAGUUCCACUUUCACCUUCGUGGACUCUUCGGGGUCUUGUCCAAGCUUACAGACCAAGCAGAUCACCUCACAAACCGCUACAAGAGAGAAAUAGGUGGCGGGAGUCUGUUACGGUAGAACUUAGAUUAUCUAUAAGCUGGACUGCUGGCAUUGAGGGAUCACACUCGAGCAGUGGACUCGAACGUCUAAGUCUUGCCUGUGGGGCCUUACUUAACUUUUUUUUGCUUCCAAGCAAGACCUGAACCAUUUCCCAGCCGCACAACUAAGUACAUUAAGUACUGCUUUGGUGGAGGAUGAAGGGAAAAGCUACGUGAUUAAUUUUGAAAAGAAUUUAAUAUUCCUGUUAAUGUUUCAUUGUGUCCUCAUUUCACUAAGUGUAUGACCAGGCUCCCAUUAAAAUACCAUGGCUUUCAAAGCAGCUUUAAAAGCAUGCUAUUGCUUUGGUUAAAGUCCUGUAAAAGAUUGAGCUGUGUUGGAGAAAACUUGAAUGCUGGUAAUUCUGUUUCUUUCAUCACAUUAACCUAAAUCCUGUAGAACGUGGCCUGGUCUGAGGUUUAACAAAGGUUCCUUUUAGCUUGCGGCUUUUAUUCACUCUAACAGAAAGGUGUCCCCUGGGUUCUGCUCGCUAUAGAAAAGAUGAAUGUUUGCUUGUCUGUUUGACCCGAGUACUACUGUCAUACUUUAUUUUUUAUUUUUAUGUCUUUGCCCUAAAUGUUUACUUUUUUAUAUAAAAUGAUUAAUGAAAGAGUAUAAUAAAUAAAGCAGACUUUUUACAUUGGA